UCAAUCCGCAACUCCGACACGGAGGGGGUGAAAACUGGGGGACAGAUUCUUAAUUUUUUGCGGAGAGCAACGGAAACAGCAAAGAUACUGAACUGCCACGGAUAGACGCGCAUCGACUCAGCCUUCCUCUCUUUUUGACCCAUCCUUCCGUACAGGAUGGAAGACGCCUUUACAAAGGAGCCCGCAGAAGUGGUGGCCCACUUCGGGGUGAACUCGGAAUCUGGACUCACCCCAGAACAGUUCAAGAAGCAACUGGACAAAUAUGGCUUCAAUGAGUUGCCCGCGGAGGAGGGUAAGUCCAUCUGGGAGCUGAUCUUUGAGCAGUUCGAGGACUUGUUGGUCAGGAUCUUGAUGCUGGCUGCUUGCAUUUCCUUCGUUCUGGCUUGGUUUGAGGAAGGAGAGGAAACCGUCACUGCAUUCGUUGAGCCCCUUGUCAUUUUGCUUAUUCUCAUCGCUAACGCCAUCGUUGGUGUGUGGCAGGAACGUAACGCUGAGGAUGCCAUUGAGGCUCUGAAGGAAUAUGAGCCUGAGAUGGGCAAAGUCUUCCGUUCCGACAGAAAGAGCGUGCAGAUGAUCAAGGCCAGACAGAUCGUGCCUGGUGAUCUUGUGGAGGUGUCCGUUGGUGACAAAGUCCCCGCUGACAUCAGGAUCAUUAGCAUCAAGUCCACCACCCUCCGUGUUGACCAGUCCAUCCUCACUGGUGAGUCCGUGAGUGUGAUCAAGCACACCGACGCUGUCCCCGACCCCAGAUCCGUCAACCAGGACAAGAAGAACAUGCUUUUCUCUGGCACCAACAUCGCUGCUGGCAGGGCCACUGGUAUCUGCACAGCCACCGGAGUCGCCACUGAGAUCGGUAAGAUCCGUGACCAGAUGGCCGCCACCGUUCAAGAGAAGACCCCCCUGCAGGCCAAGCUGGACGAGUUCGGUGAGCAGCUCUCCAAGGUCAUCACCCUCAUCUGCAUCGCCGUGUGGGCCAUCAACAUCGGACACUUCAACGACCCCAUCCACGGAGGGUCCUGGAUCCGUGGAGCCGUCUACUACUUCAAGAUCGCCGUCGCCCUGGCUGUGGCCGCCAUCCCCGAGGGUCUGCCCGCCGUCAUCACCACCUGCCUGGCUCUGGGUACCCGCCGUAUGGCCAAGAAGAACGCCAUCGUCCGCUCUCUGCCCUCCGUGGAGACCCUGGGAUGCACCUCCGUCAUCUGCUCCGACAAGACCGGCACCCUCACCACCAACCAGAUGUGUGUCACCAAGAUGUUCAUCAUCGACAAAGUCGACGGCGACCAUGUCAACCUGAACAAGUUCGACAUCUCUGGCUCCAAGUAUACCCCCGAGGGUGAAGUGUCCCAGGGUGGAUCCAAGACCAAGUGCGGUCAGCACGACGGCCUGGUUGAGCUGGCUACCAUCUGCGCUCUGUGCAACGACUCUUCUCUGGAUUGGAAUGAUUCUAAGGGCAUCUUUGAGAAGGUCGGAGAGGCCACUGAGACUGCUCUGUGCUGCCUGGUCGAGAAGAUGAACGUGUUCAACUCCAGCGUUAGCGGUCUGUCCAAGGCUGAUAGAGCCAACGCCUGCUGCUCCGUCAUCAAGCAACUGAUGAAGAAGAACUUCACCCUGGAGUUCUCCCGUGACAGGAAGUCCAUGUCUGUGUACUGCACCCCAAGCAAGGGCGAUGGUGGCGCCAAGAUGUUCGUCAAGGGAGCCCCAGAAGGUGUGAUUGACAGGUGCGCAUACGUGCGUGUUGGAACCACCCGUGUCCCCCUGACUCCCGCCGUGAAGGAAACCAUCCUGGCCACCAUCAAGGACUGGGGUUGUGGCAGAGACACACUCCGUUGUCUGGCCCUCGCCACCCGUGACACCCCCCUCAAGGUUGAGGAGAUGGUCCUGGAGGACUCCACCAAGUUUAUCAAUUAUGAGACUGACCUGACCUUUGUUGGCUGCGUUGGCAUGCUUGACCCACCCCGUAAGGAAGUCAUGGCCUCCAUUGAGGAGUGCAGAUGCGCUGGCAUCCGCGUCGUUAUGAUCACUGGUGACAACAAGGGUACCGCUGUGGCCAUCUGCCGCCGUAUUGGCAUCUUCAAGGAGGAUGAGGAUGUGACUGGCAAGGCCUUCACCGGCCGUGAGUUUGACGACCUGAGCUACGCCGACCAAGCUGCUGCCACCCGCGUUGCCCGCUGCUACGCCCGUGUCGAGCCUUCCCACAAGAGCAAGAUCGUCGAGUUCCUGCAGAAGGACGAUGAGAUUACUGCCAUGACCGGUGAUGGUGUGAAUGAUGCCCCUGCCCUGAAGAAGGCAGAGAUUGGCAUCGCCAUGGGCUCUGGCACUGCUGUUGCCAAGUCAGCCUCUGAGAUGGUCCUGGCCGACGACAACUUCUCUUCCAUUGUGGCCGCUGUUGAGGAGGGCAGAGCCAUCUACAACAACAUGAAGCAGUUCAUCCGCUACCUUAUCUCCUCCAACGUUGGAGAGGUCGUCUGUAUCUUCCUGACUGCUGCCCUGGGCCUGCCCGAGGCUCUGAUCCCCGUCCAGCUGCUGUGGGUGAACCUGGUGACUGACGGUCUGCCCGCCACCGCCCUCGGAUUCAACCCCCCCGAUCUUGACAUCAUGGGCAGACCCCCACGUUCCCCCAAGGAGCCCCUGAUCUCCGGCUGGUUGUUCUUCAGAUAUAUGGUUAUUGGAGGCUAUGUGGGUGCUGCCACCGUUGGAGGUGCUGCUUACUGGUUCAUGUACGAUAUCGAGGGUCCCGGAGUGACCUUCCACCAGCUGUCCCACUUCAUGCAGUGUCAUGGUGAUGCUGAGGACUUUGUGGGCAUUGACUGCGAUAUCUUCGAGGCCUCUCCCCCCAUGACCAUGGCCCUGUCCGUGCUGGUCACCAUUGAGAUGUUCAACGCCCUCAACAGCUUGUCUGAGAACCAGUCCCUGGUGCUUAUGCCCCCAUGGGUCAACUUCUGGCUGCUGGCCGCCAUGACCCUGUCCUUCUCCCUCCACUUCAUGAUCAUCUAUGUCGACCCUCUGCCCAUGAUCUUCAAGAUGACUCACUUGAGUGUUGAUCAGUGGCUGAUGGUGUUGAAGCUCUCCUUCCCCGUCAUCUUGUUUGAUGAAGUCCUCAAAUUCGUUGCCCGCAACUACAUUGAUGUUGUUCGGGUUGCCGUCUAACCUGUCUAGCUCCCUCCAUUCCCCUGUAACAAAAACAAGGGCUGGUGAUCCGUGUCUAAAGGACAUGAGAGAGAGAAAGAGAGAGAGAGAAAGAGAGAGGAGAGAGGAGGAGCAGAGAAAGAAAAAAAAAUCAGAAGAAGAAGAAGAAGAGGAGGAGUUGUGUGAGAGAGCUCUCAGGAGCCAAUCACAAAGGAGCGGAUAAACCACAGGAAAAUCUUCACAAAAAAAAAAUCUUUAAAAAUGACUGAAAAAAAAAUACAAAAAAUAUAUAUAUAUAUAUGAACAACAAACUACAAACUGAUGUUGAAUUAAUAUAUAGGUAAACCCUGCUGCCAAAUUAGUUGAGAGAUUGAGAUGAUGGAUACAUUUUAUUCUGAAAAAUAAUAAUAAAUGUAUUAAAAAUUACAUUUUUUGUUAAACUUG